AUGUUGAUGAUCAAGAAUGAGUCUGUGUUUCAGUUCGUGCUUCGAGAGCUGAAAUCCCUGUAUUUUCCGGCCAAGGACUACACUUGUGGCAAUGAGACGCGACAUGAGGUCACAGCGCCAUCAAUCUUCGAUUUCCUUAAAAGUAAGUUGAUAUAUUGUCGAUAUAUGUUUAUAAAAAUGAUUAUCAGUGUCGUGGCUAUGAUUUAUAGUCCAAUUACCGUUCUUUUGGCCGAGGUAAAGUUAAUUUUCGACGAUUUUUUGUGAAGCAAGGCUCAGAUGUCAAGUAUAAUAUCGAGUUUAGAUGUGGAAAAGCAUCAGAUGAUCAUGCUGAUCAUCGGGUCAGCAUUGACGCUGGUGGCAGUGAUAGUGGGCUUGUUCGAGUGUAUAUAUGUGUACAGGAAAGUGUCAUCAGAGAGGCGGAGGAACAAGUUAUACUUCAUCAUCACGUUAUUCCCGGUAAUUUUUUGCUUUUUUUGAAACUUUAGGUAUCGAACUAAACUGGAUUUGCUGAAUUUGGGUUGACAAGAUGUAUAUUUUUACUAUGGUAAAAUACGUAGUUUUGAUUCAUUAUUUGUUUAAUUAUAAUGAUAAAAUAUAUAUUACACUACUCAUAUUAGUGUCUACAACAAGAACUUCAAUAACAACACAAUUCUCUUUCAGAUAUCAAUGAUUUUCUGCUUAGUAGGCAUGUUUUCACCUCGGACAGCACCAUUAGCGACAUCAGGUGGAAUGCUGUACUUUUUGUUAUGCUUGUUUGUGCUCGUCUCACUGAUAAGACAUCUAACACAAGGUCGUCAUCAGUUGUCCAGAGAACUGUUAAUAGCCGACAGGAGGAUAAACUUUCAAUCGCCACCGUUUUGUUGUUUGUUACCAUGUUUACCUGAGGCUAGGCCGACAUUGUAAGUUUGGAAAGAAAGUUCUUGCCAUUUUAUAGUUUGUAAAGAAAGUUCUUGCCAUUUCAUGGUUUAUAAAGAAAGUUCUUGCAAUUUUUUGUUUUUUAAACAAAGUUCUUGCUAUUUUUUAUUCUGUAAAGAAAGUCCUUGCCAUUUUACAUUAUCGUUUCAGAAGGAACCUCCGAAUCCUCGAAUUCAUCGUCCUACAAGCUCCAAUCGUCCGUGCCGUGGUGAUCUUCAUCGAAGCCACGAUAACGAUCGAAAUUCAAAGAGAUGCAUCAUACGAGAUUCAGCUUUGUGAACUAGGCACGUUGGUGUCAAUAUUAAUGGCAGUCUUUGGAGUUCACACUUUGUUCCGACUGGUGGCGGAUCGAAUCGCCCAUUUUGGAUUCACAUGGAUGUUCAGAAUCGUGGAUGUGGCAUUGUUCUUGUUCUCAGCACAACAUCCUGUCAUAUUUCAGAAUAUUCUUUUGAGAUUUGAGUGGAUUGGGUGUACGAAUGUGUUGACGCCAGAAGAGAAUGCUAGGUGUAAGUGGUAGUUUUUAUUAGGGACUAUUGUUGAGCUUAAAAGGGAAAGGAGGGAGGUGUGCUUUUUUGUACGUUACAGAGGAGAGGAGGCAUGAUUUAGAUUUUUUUUGGACUAGGGGGUGGUUUUUUUCAAAAGGGCGGGGUUUUUUUUGGCAGUUUAUGAAAAAUGAAAGAUUUUGCAAUUUUAGGUAACAAAUUUUUAAUUUUUGGUUUUUAGGUAAUACAUUUUUGUCGAAAAGCAAAAAAUGGCAAAAACUUUCUUUACAAAACAAAAAAAUGGUUAGAACUGUUUUUACAAAACAAAAAAUCGCAAGAACUUUAUUGACAAAACACGAAAUGACAAGAACUUUCUUUACAAUGUAAAAAAUAUCAAGAACUUUCUUUACGAAACAUAAAAUUGCAAGAACUUUCUUUACAAAUCAUAAAAUGGCAAGAACUUUCUUUACAGAGCAAAAAAACUAAAAAUUUUUUGGAUUUUGAAAAAUUUUAAAAUUUGAAUUUUCAGUCCUCUGCAACUUCAUAAUCAUCUGUGAGCUGUUCUUCCUCUCAAUUCUCGGAUUCGUGACAAUGGCACCAAGCAGGAAUCGACUGUUCGACCUCUACAAAUCAUCCGACGAUCAACAACCGAUCACUGAAAACGACUCGUUAACUGACACUCUGGACCAGACUACCAGCUCCAACUCGGUGAUAUGCUUCAACAACCCCUAG